CACCUACAACACAAAACUCUCUCUGCAUCUAAUUCUCAUACGCAUUUCUUCAAACACUUAAACCACCAGCUCUAAAUUUCAAUCCCGGCCACCCACAAAUGGAGAAUCUGUUUCGCUUCGCCGAUAACAAUAACGAGGAUUUCUUCUCCCGCCGAUGCAUUUGGGUUAACGGCCCAAUCAUCGUCGGGGCCGGGCCCUCGGGGCUGGCGACCGCGGCCUGCCUACGAGAGCAAGGCGUCCCCUUUCUGGUCCUGGAGAAAGAGGACUGCAUUGCCUCGCUGUGGCAGAAGCGCACUUACGACCGCCUCAAGCUCCACCUUCCCAAGCAGUUCUGCCAGCUCCCCAAACUCCCUUUCCCGGAGGACUUCCCCGAGUACCCAACCAAGAAGCAGUUCAUCCACUACCUGGAAUCCUACGCCCAGCAGUUCCAGAUCAGCCCCAAGUUCAACGAGUGCGUCCAGUCCGCAAGGUACGACGAGACCAGCGGCCUGUGGAGGGUCAAGACUCGCACCGAGGUUGAGUACAUCUGCCGCUGGCUCGUCGUCGCCACCGGCGAGAACGCCGAGUCCGUGAUGCCCGACAUCGACGGGCUGGCCGAGUUCGGCGGGGAGGUCAUUCACGCUUCCGACUACAAGUCCGGGGAAAAGUACAGAGGCAAGAAGGUGCUGGUCGUCGGCUGCGGGAAUUCAGGGAUGGAGCUUUCCCUUGAUCUCUCCAACCACAAUGCUUCGCCCUCCAUGGUUGUUCGCAGCUCGGUUCACGUAUUACCCAGAGAAAUAUUCGGCAAAUCCACUUUCCAGCUGGCGGCUCUGCUCAUGAGCUGGCUCCCACUCUGGCUCGUCGACACCAUCCUGCUGAUCCUGACGUGGCUGGUGAUCGGAAACAUCGAGAACUACGGCCUGAAGCGGCCGUCGGUGGGGCCAUUGACCCUGAAGAACAAGCAAGGAAAGACCCCUGUUCUCGACAUCGGCGCCCUGGAGAAGAUCAAAUCGGGAGACAUCCAAGUGGUGCCCGGGAUCAAGAGAUUCAGGUACGGGCAGGUAGAGCUCGUCAAUGGCGAGACCCUGGACGUGGAUUCCGUGGUGAUGGCGACGGGAUACCGCAGCAACGUCCCUUACUGGCUUCAGGAGGCCGACUUGUUUGCCAAGAAUGGGUUCCCCAAGGCCCCCUUCCCCAACGCCUGGAAAGGGAAAUCGGGACUCUACGCCGUUGGCUUCACCAAGAGAGGCCUCUCUGGUGCUUCUGCGGACGCCGUCAAGAUCGCAGACGACAUCAGCCAGGUCUGGAAAGCCGAAACCAAGCACCAAAACAGGCGGACCACGGCUUGUCACAGGCGCUGCAUCUCGCAGUUCUGAUCAACCAUCGCCAACAACCUGAUUAACCAAGUUUAAUUUCCUCCCUAACCCAUACAAGACAAGUACACAAACAACGUGAAAUUUCCCCUUGUUAAGUUGAGUAGGCAAAAAGUUUUUGGAUUGUCUACUUGAUAUAUAAUAUACAGCCAACAGCAUAGGUAAAAAAGAAAACACACACACAACACAUAGGUAUACACAGCCCUCUCCAGAGACCAAAAGGCCCAAGCCAACAAGUUCAUUUCCUUACUUACUUCAUAUUACUUACACCUCUUUCUUCUUUUCUUUACCCUUUUUGUGUUUAGUUUUUAAUUUUCUGUUUCUAGUUUCAGAUGUUAAUUGGGCAUUUUGUAAACCUGCGGAUGAUGAGGCUAGGCUUGCUUCCUGUAAUUUGUACCAUAUACAAAAUGAAUGAAUGAAUCAUAUAUAAAGUUGAAUGACAGAU